AUGGAAGCAGCCAUAACUGGUGACGCCGUAUCUAUGAAGCACCUGGCUUUACACGAUCCGGACAUUCUGCUUGGCACCACUCCUCAGGGGAACACCUGCCUCCACAUCGCUUCCGUCCAUGGCCACGAGGUGUUCUGCGAGGCCGUGCUGGCUCUGAACCCGUCACUCCUCGCUGGCAGCAUCAAUGCAGACGGCGAGACGCCGCUUCACAGCGCCGUGACAAACGGACGUGUUUCUGUAACCUCUGUUUUACUCGUGUGCUGCCGCGAUCAGCAGCUGGACGAGGCGAUCUUGAAGCAAGACAAGAACGGAUUCAACGCACUGCACAACGCCAUCCGUAGCGGAUACAGGAAGCUCGCGCUCGAACUGAUUGAAGCAGAGCCUGCCUUGUCGCGCGCUGUGAACAAGCACAACGACUCACCCAUGUUCAUGGCAGUGAUGAGAGAUUAUGCUGAUGUCUUCGAGAAACUGUUGGAGAUUCCUGAUUCAGCUCAUGUGGGACCCAACGGCUGGAAUGCUCUGCAUGCUGCCGUGAGAAAUGGUAACUCUGGGUAUUUAGUCAACUCAGUGAGUGCCCCUCUUCUUAAUGCUGCUGCACAACGAGGACAUGUUGGUGUUGCUCGAGAGCUUCUUAAACAUUGUCCAGAUGCUCCCUAUUGCGAUAAAAAUGGCUGGACAUGUCUGCACAAGGCUGUAGACUAUGAAAAGACGGAGUUCGUAGAAUUUGUACUCGGUUCGCCACAGCUUGGUAAGCUCAUUAACAUGCAAAAUUCAGUCGGAGAUACUGCUCUGUCUAUGGCAGUCCUGAAGUGCAAUCCGAAGAUGGUCGCCUCUUUACUGCAUCACCAAGAUACGGACGUCACAGUGGUUAACAACGGAGGUGUCCCAGUAAAGGGGAAUUUAUAUGGUGCCACUGAUCAUGCCAAGACUUUAAACUGGAAUGAAAUAUCCAUGCUUUUGUUGAAAGCUGAUCCUCAAGAGGCAGGAUCUAUUUAUAAUCUCCACAAGGAUGCCAAGGAUGAAAUGACAAACUUAUCAAGAACGGAUAUCAAGUCACUGACUCAAACGUACACAGGCAACACUUCCUUAGUGGCAAUCCUCCUCGCGACAAUUACCUUUGCUGCUGCUUUUACUUUGCCAGGAGGUUACAGCAGUGAUGCCGGAAGCCAGGGACUUCCCAUUAUGGUCAGGAAGGCUGCGUUUCAAGCAUUCUUGAUCUCUGACACCUUAGCAAUGUGCGCUUCACUUGCUGUGGCUUUCAUAUGCAUCAUAGCAAAGUGGGAGGAUCUUGAGUUCUUGCUUUACUACAGAUCUUUUACAAAGAAGCUUAUGUGGUUUGCGUACGUGGCAACUACCACAGCAUUCGCAACUGGUUUAUACACAGUUCUGGCCCCUCGUCUCCUCUGGUUGUCUGUUACGGUUUGCGUUCUGACAGGUUUAUUGCCCAUCCUUACUAAACUUCUAGGUGAAUGGCCCAUCUUAAAACUGAGAUUUCGGCUGGGUCGGAAAUUCAAGUCUGAGCUCCUUGAUAUGGUCUAA